GGAAAUUAUAUAUUAUUACUAAAUUUAACAUUAAGAAACGGACAACAUGAAAUUUUGUUCAUAAACAAAUAAUUUUCCUGCAAUAAUGAAAAAUGGAGGAUUGGACUUGUCAUUAUUUAUUCUUUAUACAUGUUCCUCUUUAGUCAUGUCCUAUACAAACUUUUCGUGUUAUUUCUGUUAUCUUUAGAUGUCACGUUAGGCAUUCAGUUCUUCUUUUUUCCUUUAUUCAUGGGCUUGGCACUGCAUUUUCACCGGCACACUGGAAAACAAAAACCAGCAAAUAUAUCCAAGCCGAGCUGACUAGCCGAGAAAGACACGUGGAACGAAGCGCCGAAAAUGAAAAAAAAUGGCAAAAGCUGGUGACGAUGAGUUCAACAAACACAUGUCCACGUAUGAUAAAAGUACUAUAAAAUCUGACGUGGUAUUUGAUCUAAUCUUUAUCUCCUUUUAAUGAUUUUAAUAUCCCACCACCUUUCUACCUACGUUUUAUAUAAACCAUCAUCAUCUCUAAACCAGACACUUUACCUCCAAAGAAACGAAAAGGAAAGAAUGGGGAAUUGUCUAAGGCAUGAGUCAGAAACGCACUGGUCUGGUGAAGAUUGGGAUGAUGAUUUCAUCACAGAACAUGAAGAAGAACAAGAUCAUCAUCAUCAUCAUUGCUCCAAGACGACAUCCAUUAAGGCUAGUAAAACAAUAAUUGUCACGCAAGACAGUAACUCAUCUCAUCAUGAGAUCAAGAUCAGGCUCACGAAGAAGCAACUCCAGGAUCUACUGAAUCAAGUCAACGUCCAUGACCUGACCGGCUCUGAUCGUAAAACUGAAGAAGGCAACCAUCACCGGUUAUGGACACCGGUUCUGCACAGCAUACCGGAGGUUUAAUUGAAUAUUUUUCCGGGAGAUGAUCAGACCAUGUUUGUAUAUUCUUUAGAGGUUAAGUUAGGAUUUCGAUGUAAAUUUCCGAAUUAGUACACAACAUUUCUCCUUUUUUGUGUUGUCAGAUUGUAAAUAUGAAAUAUAAUAAAUCUAGUUGGGCUUCACAUUAAGGAGAAUAAAUAAACUUAUUGGGCCUAAUAAAGCCCAUUAAUAAAAACAAAAAGAAAAAGCUUUA